UCAGAUGGACUAAACCUGAUGCACAGCGUGAAGUUCGCCGCUGCGAUCGAGUAGCAGGAGUGUACGGGAUGUUUCAUUUGUGAAGUUUAUGUCCGCUAUUUUUCUUUCUUUGGGGAUUUCUGUCAGUAUUGCCUAAGUCAAGACAUUGGGCAAUAUGAAAAUAUUACCAGUCAUAUUAUGCGAACAGGAUAUAUGCAAUUUCCCUUAGAUGCGAAUCAAUGCAAAAACAUCUCCGUUUGAGGAACUUCAUGCACUACAGCUCGAUCAUCUCGAAGAAGUCAAGCCGGACGAUGCGCGAUUUGAGAUAGAUAAAGGCUUUAAACUUGCACUAUGCCUUCCUUACACCAUGGCGCUAUUUUUAUCGGCGUGUUUCUUAUAGUUACCGGUGGCUCCACCGCUUUUCUAACUAACAAUCAAAGUAGGCUGCAGGCGUUCAGUAUGUGCUGCGUGGUGCUCGGGGCGGUGAUGCUGAUAUUGGGACUCUUCUGGGCUAUGAAUGGAAAGAGAAACCCAGUACCUUACAAUGAAGAGUACAGCCACGACUACAGCCAAGUCCUGUUUACUCCACCACCUGGAAACCGCUUCCCUGAAUCUCAGUCUGUUUUUCUGCACGGGCCUUUGCAGAGGCGAGGAGUGUACGGUGAGGAUUUGGACUAUCCCCCAAUGGAGCCAACGUGCUUCAGCCCGACCAGUCGGGGUCGCCCACCACAUUGGGACAUGGAACCACCUCCACCUUAUGAGGUUGCCAUCAAAACCACCACAAGCUCCACGCAUCUGAGGCGCAGCCUCUCGGACUCACACCUGCUGACUGAACCGCUCUUCGGACGCUCACGGGAGAUCAGUUUUGAGGUUUAAUGUUAAGAAGCUGGGGAGCUCAUUUUUGUUAAACUCACCAAACAAAAACAGAUGAUCCACAGGUUUUCAAGCAGGCGUUCUGAUCUUAAACCUGUGUUUACAGACUGAAUGUAGGAUUUUUGUCAAAUUAAAUGCAUAUAAAACUGGUAUGGUCGCACUUUGGAAACAAGCGAUCAAUUUCUUCUCAUUUGAAAGCAACAGCAUUCUGGAAUGAUUUAGGGGAAUUUAAAUGGUUAACCAUGCAGUUUAAGAGUGUUCGAAUGACAGUGGUUAGAUACAAUAGCCAGGAUACUCUGGCAACCACCUUUAGGGGAGACCUUGGAUGGUUGUAACAUUUUUGACAUUUCUGUGUGUAUUUUGAUGUUCUGGUAACUCAGAACUUUAAACCAGUUACAAGUGUUUGCUAUUAAAUGAUCUAGCUGUUAUCUUUGCAGAACAAAUAGGCUAAAAAAUGCUAGUUUCAAAAAAGAGGAGUACAUUUAUGCAUUUGGCAAAUGCUUUUAUCCAAAGUGACUUACAGUUUAUUACAAGGUAUACAUUUUUAUUAGUAUGAACUGUAUGUUUUCUGGGUUCGAACCCAUGACCUUUUGCACUAGGCUACUAACGCAAUGCUUUACCACUGACUUAUACAGGAUUAAAACGUUAAAAUUCACGGCAGGGACCUUUUAGUUGUAACAUUAAAAUAUUCACCAGGGUGAUAUGUAACAAUGAUUAUGAAAUAAGGAUUAUGACAAAAAUAGAUUUCAUUUUACACUGACUUUAACAUAAGUAGUGUGUGCGGAUGAAUAAUUGAAAAAUAAUAAUAAUAAUAAAAUGGGCAAAGCCUACUUUGUUACUGCGAUAGUAAUUUUGGCCACAAUUAUUGCAUGUUUCAUUGAUUUUACAACUGACCCAGUGUCUUGUAGCCAUGAGCUCACCUUACAGCUAACAGGCAAAACAUUAGCGCUAACAACUUGCAUGAAAAAUAUCUACACAGACACACAACCAAAAAUAUUUAGCUUUAAUGAAUUUGACUACAAAGCAGGUAUUGCCAUAACAAAAAUAAGUUACUUUUCUACCUCAAAAUUAGUUUUUCCCAUCUAAAAUGUGUCUGCCACAGGACUUUCCUAUGUGUGAAUUUGAAAUAAGGACUAAACAUAUGUGAAGUGCAUGUGGUGAUUUGUAAAUUGCUCCUGAUAAAUAGGACAAAUUGGAAGUGUUGCAACUGACCCAUGUUACAACCAUCCCCGGUCUCCCCUAUUUAUUACUAAAACUGUCAUGUGCAUGGUAUUUACACCCUUCUGUUACUGUAUAGAUUCAAAAUGGGUUAGAUCAGUGACAUUGAAAAGUGUUUUUGUUGUAUUUAUUUAUUUUCGAGACUCUCAGGGUGAACCAAUAUGUUUACUAUAUUGAAUAUUUUUACUGCACAUAAGCACAUGAUCAUUACAGACCCUGGUUACUUCAGAGAUGAUACCAUAGAGAUUAAUAAGGCAAAUAUUGUGGUGCACAAUAAUGGGAACCCAUUUCUGCUGAGAAAACCACACAGCUUUAGUGCAUUAUUGUGUUUAAUGGGGAUCUAAUGUUCUGCUGAUAUAGUUUGGAACGCUAUUAAAACAUGACAUUCACAGAC